AUGGACAGUGAGGUACAGAGGGAUGGGAGGAUCCUGGAUUUGAUUGACGAUGCUUGGCGAGAAGACAAGCUGCCCUAUGAAGAUGUUGCAAUACCUCUGAAUGAACUUCCGGAACCUGAACAAGACAAUGGUGGCACUACAGAAUCUGUUAAAGAGCAAGAAAUGAAGUGGACUGACUUAGCCUUACAGUAUCUCCACGAGAACGUGCCCCCCAUCGGAAACUAG